CGAGAGAGACUCUCACUGACUCUACAUCCAACUCUUCGAAAAAUAUCUCAGACCAAUAAUCCAUCAUCCAUGUCUCGCGCUUUCCUAAUCGCGGCGGUCUUCGUCGUCCUGGUCGCCUGCGGCGUCGCCGGAGCGUCGCCGGAAUCGGAGCUCUUCGCCGAGGAAAACCACAUCCGACAAGUCGUCGACAACGACGACCUCGCGUCGUAUAUCACUCGCGUCUUUGCAAACUCGCACCGCGCUCGCUCCUUUGCUCGAUUUACUAAUAGGUAUGGGAAGAGGUAUGAGAACGUUGGGGAGAUUUGGAGGAGGUUUGAGAUUUUCUCGGAUACCUUGAAGAUGGUCAGAUCGCAUAACAGGAAGGGGCUAUCUUACAAAAUGGGAAUUAAUGAGUUUGCUGACAUGACUUGGGAAGAGUUCCGUAAGCAUAAGUUGGGAGCAGCACAGAACUGCUCUGCUACCACAAGGGGCACUCACAAACUCACUGAGGAAGCUCUUCCUGAAUCGAAAGAUUGGAGGAAAACCGGCAUCGUCAGCGCUGUAAAAGAUCAGGGCUCCUGUGGAUCUUGCUGGACAUUCAGUACAACUGGAGCACUGGAGGCAGCUUAUUCACAAAAAUUUGGAAAGAACAUUUCCCUGUCCGAACAACAGCUCGUUGAUUGCGCUGGAGCGUUCAACAACUUUGGCUGCAAUGGCGGACUCCCCUCUCAAGCCUUCGAAUACAUCAAAUAUAAUGGUGGACUCGAAACAGAGGAGGCAUAUCCGUACACUGGCAAAGACGGUGAUUGCAAAUAUUCAUCUAAAAAUGCUGCUGCCCAAGUGCGCGACUCUGUUAACAUCACCUUGGGAGCUGAAGACGAACUUAAGCACGCAGUGGCAUUUGUUCGACCGGUCAGUGUCGCUUUCGAGGUGGUGGAUGGUUUUCGAGCAUACAAAAAUGGAGUUUACACCAGCACAAGUUGUGGAAGCACUCCCAUGGAUGUAAACCACGCCGUUCUCGCGGUUGGCUAUGGUGUUGAGAAUGGCAUCCCGUAUUGGCUGAUAAAGAACUCGUGGGGAGCUGACUGGGGCGACGACGGCUACUUCAAAAUGGAGAUGGGGAAGAACAUGUGUGGUGUUGCGACUUGUGCAUCCUACCCCGUUGUUGCUUAAUCCGUUGGUGAGGAAUAGAUGGCAUCCGUCGCCAAAAAUAUCAUGGUAAGUACACUCUCCUGCUAAGGUAUUGAAUGGUAUAUCAUUAGAAAUUAUUCUACUUCGAUCAUAUGAUGAAUUGGCUUGAAAUGUGUGUGUAAAAUAAGGGGAUCAAAUUAAAUUUUAUAUAUCAAAGAUUGUUCUAGUUUUUAGUUA